CAAAAGUCAAAACCCUGGUCGUUCUCCUCCGGGGACGGAGGGUUCCGGCGGUUCUUGCGAGCGGCAGCUCAAGGAUGCAUGAAAAUGACGAGAGAGACAAAUGGCGGGCAGACCCUUGAGAUUUCCGAACCGGAAAACUGAACCGGGAGCAAAGUGAAAGAAACCAAUCCAGUCGUCGCUCCAUCUUCUUCAUCAAAUGAAAGUUAAUUGGGCUUCAAUUUUCAGAAAUUCCAGAACUUUUUUCCGCAGAGGUAAUUUCUCAACUCAAUUUCUUAGUAGCGGAAUUGGCUGGCGCCUCAAUCCAAGUGUUAUAGCGGCUUUUACCACGAAAAUAAAGGAGAAUGAAGAUGAUGUUAGGACGACGAUUCAGGAGUUCUAUUUCCAAAGUCGCGGCUCCAGGUUUAAGCACGUCCGCAAGCUUGAUGAUGCACUUGCUUUGUACCGCGAAAUGGUUCGAAUUCGACCGCUGCCUUCUGAGGUCGAAUUCACGCAGCUGUUGAAUGCAGUGGUGAAGAUGAAAUGCUACUCUGAUGCCGUUACAUUGUUCAAUGAUAUGUGUCUUCAGGGUAUUCGUAUUGAUGGAUUAGUUCUCCACACUGUCAUGAAUGCUCUUUGUUCUUUGCCCAGAGUUGAUUUGGGUUUUGCUGUUUUAGUGAGGUUUAUCAAGUCCGGUCAUGUGCUUGAUGCUCCCAUAUUCAGCACGUUGCUGAAGGGUCUCUACCGCGAAGACAAGUUUCAGGAGGCGCACGAUCUGUUCCUGAAGAUAUUUGUUGAGAAGCUGUGUGAGCCUGAUGUUGUUUUGUUGACGACAGUAGUUGAUGGCCUCUGCAAACUCGGGUUCUCUUCCAGGGCAUUGAAUUUGCUUCGUCUGUUUGAGAAAAAAGGGAUUUGUAGCCCUGAUGUUUUUGCAUAUAGCACGGUUAUUGACAGUUUCUGUAAAGAUGAGAUGGUGGACAAUGCACUUGAGCUAUUGACAGAAAUGAUUGACAAGGGUAUUGCUCCGGGUGUGGUGACCUAUAAUUCACUAAUCCAUGGACUUUGCAAUUCUGACCGAUGGGAAGAGGUUGAAGUGAUGUUGAAACAGAUGGCCGACUAUAGGGUUGCUUUUGAUGUGCAUACAUACAACAUUUUAGUUGACGGAUUCUGCAAGAGGGGAUGGGUAAAAGAAGGUCUGAAAGUCAUAGAGACAAUGUUUCAAAAUGGAGUGGAACCUGAUGUGGUCACAUAUGCUGCAUUGUUGGAUGGGUAUUGUUCGCAGGGUAAAAUGAAUGAAGCUGAAAAACUAUUGAAAAGCAUGAUACAUUGGGGAUGCAAACCUGACAUUUUCACUUACGACAUCUUAAUGAAUGGUUAUUGCAAGAAUGGGAAUGUGGAUAAGGCCAUUCAAGUAUUCCAAAGUCUUCCACGAAAAGGGUUGAAACCUGACACGGUUUCCUACGGUACCAUACUUGAUGGUCUAUUUAAUGUUGGGAGGUUCGAUGACGCUAUGAACUUUCUUAAUGUCAUGGAAAGUAGUGCGGGUAUAUGUCCGAAUAUUGUUAUCUACAAUAUCAUUUUGGAUGGUUUCGUUAAGAACAAUUGUGUUUCUCAUGCGCUUGGGCUUCUGAGCACGAUGGAAGAAAUGAAAGGUUUGAUUCCUGGUAUAAGGUCCUAUAACAUUGUCUUGCAUGGACUGCUUAAAGAUAGAAACUUUGCUAGUGGAUUCAACCUAUUCAAUUCCCUCCCUUCUAAAGGUUUGAAGCCGAAUGACAUGACCUAUGGUAUCAUGAUAAGUGCACUCUGCAAUGACAACCGGCUAGACGAUGCAAAAAAUGUGCUCAGGCAAAUGGAGAAAAACGGUUGUGUGCCUAAUAGUUGUACCUACAACGUUCUGAUUCGUGGAUUAGUAAAAGGGAAAGACCAUAGUGGGGCGGUUUUGCUAUUGCAGGAAAUGAAGAGCCAUGGGUUCUUGCCGGAUAAUACGACUUGCGAGAUGAUAUUUAAGUCCAUCUCAACGGAUGGACCCGGGUCGGAUCUUCUUCAUAUGAUUCAAAACAUUGAAGAACUGUCAUAAUUUGUGGGAUCUAAAUUUGACUAGAUAUGCUCUACGCUUCUACCCGAAAAAGUCCCUUAGCUAUUUUGCUACACAAAGUUCUUGCAAGCUUACAAAAAUGACUAACAAUUUAGUGUAAAACUAUUAUGAUUGGUGCACUUGGGCUUGAACAUGCAUUUGCUUGAGUACACAUAGGGAAUGACGUGGCUCAAGUACUUGGACGAAAGUCACGCAACCCAAUGCACACUAUCCACUAACAUGAAAGUGGCACAAAAAAUACUUUUAUGAGUGCGACACGGCACAAUUUUUCUUGAGACUUCUACAUCGACGCAAGGCAUAGUAUGGUUUCAAUACAAGAUCUUCACAAAUGAAAGUCACGCAACCCAAAUCUAUCACACGAUCAAAUCUCGCUGUCAUCCAAUUUUAGAAAAUAUUGACGUGGGGUUUUUGAGGACUAGACUCAAUUAAUGAAUGUCCCAAACUUUAUGGGUGGUGCACAAGAGGAUACUUGGAACAUUGAGCUUAAAUGCCAACCACCCCAUAUACUCCAUACCUCAAUGUAUUUGACCUGGAGUUUUGAAGAAGCAGGAGGGUAUAUCACUUUUUGUUCUAUAUAUUGUACUCCCAUUGUGUACAAUUUGUUUGUGUCAUAUUUCGUCAAGGUGCAUCUUUUGUGAAAGUCUAGUUGGACUCAUUUUGUAAAUCAAGUGCACUUAUUGCA